UGUCAUUGUGUUUAGCUGAGUAAACACAAUCGAAUGUAUCUACUGUUUUGAUAGAUCUUUAAAAAAUCUGUAAACAAUGUCUGAGAUGGAAGUUGCAGAGAGCAGUAAUGAUUGCUCUAAUGAUUUAUUGCUUCUUGAUCGUGUGUUUCUCCGCUUGGGGAAUGCCGAUACUGAUGAGCAAUUGGAGAGUUGUCUUAACCGAUUCCUACCACCUGUAAUAUUGAAGUUAUCAUCACCUUUUGAACAGGUUCGAACAAAAGUGAUGGAACUGUUAGUUCAUGUAAAUAAAAGAGUGAAGUGUAGAGCCGAUGUACAGUUACCUGUAGAAACAUUAUUGCAAUUAUAUCGAGAUCCUACUGCCAACAGUUUUAUCAUUAAUUUCUCCAUCAUUUAUAUAACAAUGGGAUAUCCAAGAUUACCACGAGAGCAGCAACUUAAGCUAGCACCCUGUCUUCUGGAAUCUAUUGAGAAUAGACCUCAAGGGCAUCAAGAUCAAUUAUUAAUGUUGGUGAUCCCUCUGCUUGCUGAUAUAAAAGAAUCGGAACUUAAUCUCAAAGAAAAACCAAAGGUUGCUGCUUUAAUUCUUAAAUUUGCAACAGAUGUCUUGCUUUUACCAUACAGAGCUCUGCCCAAUGCAGGAGAGAGUGAUUUUCAAGUGCCACCAGGUAUGAGUGUCAAAUCAUACAAAAGGAUCGUUGAGAAGAAUCAGUUGAACCCAAACCAGUUGGAGGAAAUGAAACUGUCCAUAGUGAAUUUCAUUAGCAAGGAUAUAUUUAACAUGAAUGAUAUUCUGUUAACACUGAUUGUUGCCGCAGCUGACUCUCGGUUCAGUGUUGCCAACCAUGCCAAUAGUCCCUUGAUAAGAGUUAAUAGUUCUGUGGAUUGGUCCCAGCCGUCAAUAGUAGCUCCUUUAUACUCUUUAUAUUUAGGUACUUGGGGGGGAUUGAAAGUACCUCCAGAUGAUCGCAAGGUACCCGCAUGUACAAGGCUUCGCUUAAAACUUAUCCAAUAUCUGAAUAAAGCCACAGGACCUGCUAUUAUGUUCCCACAUUGUGUUCAAGUUGUGUUUUCUUCAUUAUUUGAUCCCAAUACUAAUUCACGUUUGAGGAAUAUGGCGCUCAUGUUCUUAUUAAAUGUUAUCAAUAAUGGUGAUCAAGUACAACUCAAGAAGGUAGCCACAGUAUUUCUGCAAGGCCUGCUAAAGUUGGUGCGAGCUGAAGAACACGCGGAGCAUCAUCAGAAAGCAUACAUGUGUUUGGGUAGACUGGCAAUGAAGUCUCCAGAAUGCUUCAGCAAUCAGUUCGCAUUGCUCGAAGAAUUGGUAAAGAAGAUUCCAGAAGCUAUACCCGAAAUUAAGACAGCACUUAGAGAUGCCUUGUUGGAGAUGGCUGUGGCUUUCAAAAUUAAUAGUGACGAAAAAACCGAAGAUAAAGAAUCAUCAUCAUCCGGAGCGGGAACGUCACGAGACGAGAAGAUGGAUACAGAUGAAGUAACCGAGAGAAACACUAGUCCGUUCAACCAGCCGCAAGCACUAGCUCUGUUUGCUCUUUUGGAUCAUUACAUGCAUAGCGAAGAGCCAAUGAUACGAUACGUCGCGAUGAGGUAUUCAGCCGCUGUGUUCCCUCAGGACUAUGUGCCUUCUAGAUACUUACUGUUGCUGGCCAGUGGAGAUAGCCAAGACGAUAUUUCGAAUGAAGCACUAAAAUGCUUAUAUGGCACUUCAAGACCGAACGAAAUAGAUGAUGUAGUGAAUAACGUGUCGAAGAAAGAGACAACAACAGUGAAUUUAGAUGAAGAUUCCACCAAGCGAGACAAGGACAGAGUACAGGAAGAUGUCUUCAAAGCGCCGAAGUUUAAGGAAACGUUGAAUUACAUUUGGGAACAGAUGCAGAAACGAAAGAAAGGCUCCAACUCAAAGCAUAGGUUUGUCAUCGGAAAUCAAGUAUUGCAAUUUCACCCACAGACUUAUCAAGAGAUACUACGCUACCUCAGGAUGUGUCUGAACCGGGACGCGAAUCUCAAAGACUGUUCAAACCAUCCUAAUGCGACUUCACCUUUAUUGACUAAAUACUUCUAUAGCGAUCUGCUCGAAUCUGAAGUUUUGGAAAGAUAUUUGGCAAUGAUUACCUCUUUGCUCAAUGCAAGCCCAGGUGUGAUGCCGUUAACAUGCUUCCUAGACAUAGUCGGAUGUGUGCCCGAUGAAAUGGCGCCAAAGUAUACAUCACUGCUACCGUUCCUGUUAAACCUCUUCACGACCAGUACCAAGGAGGAGGUCCGCGAAACAGCCGCGACUAUUUUCGCGAUAAUCACCGUACACACUAGCGAGAAGUCCGCGAUAGAUAAGCAGAUAAAGGAGUUCGUGGUGCAGGGUGUGAACAAUAAGAGUUUGGAAGCGCAGUGUGGGUAUAUCGCGGCGUUCACGAACAUGUGCGAGCGGUGUAUCGUACAGUCUCGGAGGGGCAAGUUCGGUGGUAAAGGCUUUAAUCCGGUCAAUUGGGAGCCGUAUCAAGAGGCCGCUUUGUGUUUAGCAAACUUCCUUUCCCACUCGCAAUCAUUGCUGGUCGCGACAUCCGUGUCAGCUGUAUCGCUACUGGUGCGCUGUUCAGCUUUGCCCCUACCGAAUAGUUCUUCCAAACAAAACGCUCUCAUACAAAGCGACACUCCCUUCAAUAUAAAGGCGGAAGCGAGCGAUAGUGAUGACGUCACCAAGUUCCUCGUCGCCGAUAGGCUGUUCAGGAUUGUGGGAAACGCGAAAUUACCCUCUAAAGUGAAAGAGAGAUCGUUGUACACGCUCGGCCUGAUGUGUUGUGGGGAGCGGCUGGUGUUCGCGAAGCAAAUUGUCAAAGGUUUCCUGCAAAUGGCUAAAGAUAGCAAAGAAUUCGAGAUUCACCUGCAAAUAGGUGAAUCGUUAGUUCUGUGCGUGGAGGGCGUGAAUUCAAAUGAAAAACGAGACCUGUGGACAGAACCCCCGAAGGAGGGAGACGCCAAAAUAAGAGACGCGGAGGCUUUGAAAGAAAAUGAUGAUCUUUUGAGCUGGCUGUUACAAGAAUUGUUUAAGAUUGGCAAACACCCACAUCCGCAUUCUAGACAGGCAACUAGCAUCUGGUUAUUGGCUCUACUGAAGAAUUGUCCAGAAAGAUUGCCAAUAAAGAAUUCACUGCCGAAACUGCAAGACGUGUUUAUGGAUUACUUGUCUGAGAAUAGUGAUAUCGUACAAGACGUGGCCAGCAAAGGUCUAAGUCUAGUGUAUCAGAAUUCCGACGAAAGCCAGAAGCAAGCGCUAGUCGCUCAAAUAAUAGACCAAUUGACAAUGGGCAAGCGAUCGGUUGCGCAAGUCACCGAGGAUACGAAGAUAUUUGAGGAAGGGCAGUUGGGUGCUGCGCCUACUGGCGGAAAUUUAUCAACAUACAAAGAGCUCUGUUCGUUGGCAUCGGAUCUGAAUCAACCGGACCUGUUGUAUAAGUUCAUGCACUUGGCGCAUCAUAAUUCUGUGUGGAACUCUAAGAGAGGCGCGGCGUUCGGCUUCCACUCGAUAGCGCUGCAGGCGGGCGCGCAGCUGGCGGAGCACCUGCCCAAGAUCGUGCCGCGCCUGUACCGCUACCGGUUCGACCCCACGCCGCGGAUACAGAACUCCAUGGCGAGCAUUUGGCACGCCAUUGUGCCCAACACGCAGGCUACGGUGCAAAAAUAUCACAAAGAGAUAUUGGCGGAUCUAGCAGCCAAUCUUACUUCUAACCAAUGGCGCGUCAGAAUGUCCUGUUGCAAUGCUCUAUCCGAUUUACUCAGGGGUGCAAAAAGUCUCCACGAGUCGCUAGAACAGUUGCCAUCUAUUUGGUGCCAGCUGUUCCGCGUGAUGGACGACGUGCACGAGGGCACGCGGCAAGCUGCUACUUCCGCGGCCAACGUGCUGUCUAAACUGUGCAUUCAAGCCUCUGAUGUGAGCCAGGGUAAAGAUGGCAAAGAAAUAGUGUCGGCCAUUUUACCGGUGCUAUUGGAUACAGGGAUCACUAAUCUAGUCAAAGAAGUGCGGAGUGUGAGUCUGCAAACGGUGUCGAAGCUGGUGACGGCGGCGGGCAGCAGCCUGACGCCGUUCCUGGGCCGGCUGGUGCCCGCGCUGGUGGCGGCCGCGGGCGAGCUGGAGUCCGCCAAGCUGUCCUACCUCAGCACCGCGCUCGCCGACUCCGGCUCCAGGGAGCUGCUGGACGACCUGCGCGCCAGCGCCACCCGGCAGCACUACACCACCGACACUGUCGUUAAGUGUAUGCCAUUCAUAGACAUUGAGGCGAUGAAAGAAAUGCUACCGAAGAUUCUGGAACUUGCCAAGUCACCGCAGCUAGGCACUAAGGUCGCGUGCGCACAUUUCCUUGUGCUAGCCGCACACUACCUAAGGGCAGAGUUGGAGCCUGUGGCUGGAAAAAUUAUGACCAACUUGUUGAAUGGCACAUUUGAUAGAAACGCCACUGUUCGGAAGAAUUAUGCCGAGGCGCUAGGACAAGUGUCAGCUUUCGCUAAACCUCAAUCAAUAGAAAAGCUAAUGAAAAAGUUGAUAACCCUCUACGAGACUAAAGAGGACGAUGCUGCCAGGUCCGCUAUAGGUCUCACGUUGAAAUCUAUCGCCAAAGCUAAGAUAGAGCACAUCAAAGACAAUGAGGCCAUAUUAGCUCCCAUUGUGUUCUUGGCUAUGCACGCACCGAAAGAUGAUGAGUCGAAUACAGUGGAGAUGUUCGAAGAGAUAUGGACGGACAUAAGCCCGGGUCGAGAGAGCGGCAUCAAACAGCAUUUGCCCGCUCUACGGGAAGAGAUUGAGAAGGCCCUUAAUUCUAGCAGUUGGACCAAAAAAGUUCAGGCCGCAAAUGCAAUAAAGACAAUAAGCAAGGAGCUAUCGAGUGGGUUGGGCGACCAGCGCGAGGCGUUCGUCCGCUCGCUGCUCGCCGCCGCGCACGGGAAGACGUUCGACGGGAAACAGCACGUUGUGGACGCGCUGGCGGAGCUUUGCAGUGUAAAAGAAGGCGAAGCGCCCCUAUCGCCGGCGCUCACGAGCGAGUGCAUCAACGCGCUGCUGCUGGAGAGCAGGAAGCAGGAGAUGGUGUACAAGAAGCACGCGAUCGCAGCGCUCGGCGCCGCGCUCGCCGCCACCGGCUGCGACGUCUUCCACCAAGUCUAUGAUAUCGUUAAGGUCAUACUGUCCAAGGACGAAUACUCUAUGGACAAGGAUUCAGACGAGGAAGACAACGAAGGCGCUCGCCAGCGGAGAGAACAGCUGGCGACGCUGAAGGAGGCGGCUUACGAGCUGCUCGGGAAGGCCUGGCCUAAAAGUGCUGAUACACAGGAAAAAUACCAAGACGUGUUCUUCAGCCACUGUUCCCAGUCCUACCCCUCUAGCUCUCGGUCGACACAACUGGCAAUACUAUCCAGUGUAACUCGCGUGCUCGAGAGGCUGGCAAUACUGAACGAGGAGCCCAUGGAGACGGACAAUAUGGCGCUCGUGGGCAGAGACAAAGCGAUCGGUGACGUCACCUCACAUGUUGCCAGUAUUGUCGAGUUUACGCUUAAAAACAGUAACCAAGUGAGGCAUAGAAGAGAUGCCCUGAAUAUAAUGGAAAUAUUGAUAAAACGCUUAAAAGAUUUGCAGAAAACGGAAGAAAUAAAUAAGCUAAGACAAAUUUACCAGACCUAUGCACACGACCUGUCGAAGGAUUCCUCUCACGAGUUGCGGUCCAAAGUCGACAACAUUAAAGUGUUGUUUUAAUAAUGUAGUAAUUUAUUAACUAUUCCUUAAUAAAUUAUC